AUGACGUCCUGGGCAGCGUUGAACGUGUGUGAAGGCGAUGUUCGAGACCGCAACUUGACGACGCAGAGUUCUACAGAGGAAGCACAGGAUGCAGAGAAUGCAUUAUUGUAUGAGAAAGCACUACGUUGUCAGCAGCAUCAGCAAAGCUCACAGGCCAAAGCUGUGUACUUGCAGUUACUUAAGAGCGACUUUCGAUUGAAUCACCGUCUGGAAUAUUUGUGCCAUAAGAAUGUAGCAACAAUGGAAUUUGAGGCACAAUCAUUUGAUGACGCUCUGGAAUACUUUGCAUCAGCGUUGGCACUAGACGCGACGGAUGUGGUGGUGUGGUAUCAAAUGGCACGGACAGCUAUAGAAACAGGCAAAUUGUGGUUGGCCCGUAGAUUAUUGGAAGAAGGUAUGAAGGUAGAUGCCACGUACUGGCCGCUCGUGGACUUGCUGGUUUUGGUGCUGCAUCAAGUGGGGGAUGAGGACGAGUAUGAACGUGUAGCCAAGUAUCUUCGACAGCAGGACCCGCAGUGCGCGACGGUACGCAUUCUUGACAAAAUGGAGACGCUGUCAACGACAUUACGAGAGAAAAAAAUGCUCGAGCAAGCAAGAAAACGACAGAGGCAUUUUCAAGAUAUUAUGGAGAGAGAGAAGAAACGGCGAAAGCAGUUGCUGAGAGAAAACGAGGUUGCAAGUAAGAGCAGAUUGAAACGGAGACAAUAUGUUUUACGACAGGCAUCAUGGAUGGGAGUGGGAAAACUACUGCUGGAAAUUUUUGAAGACAUUAACAGAGACAAAGAGGCAGAUGUGAUGCAGACACAGGUACAAAUUCAAGCGGAGGACAACGAAGAAAUGGAUGACAAAGGUGACAGAGAAGAGGAUAAAGUAGACCAAGAUGGUGAACAGCAACCGCCCGUAUUAAAUACAGAGAUGAUGACAGAGCUACCGCAGCUUUCUACUGGCAUUGAGACGACGCUAUCAGCCAGUACCGCAGAUAAUAACACGCAGGAAAGCGGCAUUGAUGCACGACAAGUGACGGAGAUUCAGCCCAGAAGACGAAAGUCACGUCGUCAUGAGGAACGAUUAAGAGAAGAACAUGCUGCUGCAGUCAAGAAAGCACAGGAGAAAGACUUGACAUACAGACUGAGAGCUUUUCUGCCAGUAAACGCUGGUAACGAAGACAUGGAGGGGACGCUGGAAUCAGCCUCUACCAACUGGCCACCACCGUUGGACGUUAAACUCGUUGACGGUGAGUUUAGCAUCUCGAACGCAAGCAAGGAGAUAUUGUCGAAAACAGCAUCGUUUGCAUUUACGAUGGAUUCAGAAGUAUCUACGAGCAAUACGGAGCCAUUAUCUUCGCGUCUGUUGUUAAGUGAUCAGGCAGUGCACGUGGUGGCACCUCAAGCAAAGUGCGUGACGGAAAGGCAGAUUCUAUCGUUUAUCGAUCGUGGAAAUAUACUAAACGAUGGAAUAAUCGACUGGGUGCGGCUGUACCUUAACCAAUGUGGUCAAUGGUCGCACUUGAAACUGGGAAGCGAGGCUGACGAAAUUUAUAAGGUGUGCAUGUGGCUGGAAAAAGCAUUAAUUGGAGAUUUGUAUGUCGCUCAAGCGGUGGCAUCGACGCAAUAUAACGUCAUUAAUGUUGCAGAGCACUCGCUUAUUCAAAACAGUCGUUUCGAGGGGAAUGGAUUAUCGCUCAGUGCUCAACUAUUCCUGCUGGAGCUACAUUUCGAUACGCUUCUACAGCAUCGAACUCGCGGGAAAAUGCGAUGCAAGAUACGAAGACAUAUAAAUGUCCAGUUAGCUGAAGCUCGAAAGCUUUUGUUUGCGUUUGGUUGGCUAGAGGACUCGGAGGACGCUUUGUGCUGUCCAACAGGAGAUGAUUUUUUGCGCUUGUUUUGGCUCAUGGCGCGCAUGUAUGAGCGAUGUGGAAACCAUGAGAUGGCUCAAGAUUACUUCACUAAAUGCAGAGAGAAAUUUUUUGAUUUGAAAGAAGAAGACGGCGAAAACGACGAUUGCAAGUUCCGAGUUGAUCUAACUAAUCAAAAAGCUGACAGUGAAAUUACUUUAAAGAUCUUGGAUGAGAAAAUAUCAGGACUGCGCUUUUCUGACGUAUGUUUUGAAGCUCGACGUUUAUUUAAAUCAGGAGACCACGAUCAUGUUCUUUCAGUUUUGUUGGGGCACUUUUUCCCUUGCAACCAGGCGCCACGGAUGACCGACUUUCUAAAAGAGUUUGAGGUUAACGAAGAUGAACUCUUAGUGCAUGGUGAAAGCAACAAAUUUUUUGAAAUAGUGCUACAAUCACUUGGACAAAGCUCAAAGUUUUCGGAUGAAGACGCAUUUUUGUUUUUGUUGACGACGCUAUACUAUGUGAUCGACUAUGCGGAUGGCUUGACAGUAAAGAAGGAGCUUACUUCAAGUGCAAAUUUGCCAGAUGAAGCAUGUGCUAGCGCCCUCACCGCAAUAAACUUUCUGCUAGGCCGGCUUGUGCAGACCCCGUUUGAACAUUUGGCAAACGUUGAUCACAGGUUGUUGCUGCGUGCUUUGUGUGUGAAAUGCUUGCAGCCAUCAAUGUUGUUUCGUUUUGACUCUCCAGACAAUGUUCUGUCGACGAUAUGUGUUUUGCUAAGAGUUGAUGAAGACAACAUCUUCGGAUCAUGUGAUCAUGGUGACAGUACGCAGCGAAUGAUAGAAGUAGAUGCCAUGGCUCGAUUAUUGCACGUUAUUUUGUCACUGUCGGGUGAGAAGUUCCAAAACUUGUUCACGUUGGUACCCCUUCCAGCUAAGAAAAAGCAAUUGCGUCGUGAUUGUAUCCGAGUUAUUAUUGUAGAGCUCCUGCGCUUGUUGAAUCGAGCCUUCCGCGAUGACGAUAAAAUUGCUGUGUCAUUUUCACUGCCGAAACGGUCUGCUCUAAUGAGGUUGUGCAGCAUACUGAUGAAAGAGGAAGAAGAGAUCACAGCGCGGACCGACGGCAAGAUGUCAAGACAGCUAUUUGGCAAUAGUGCCAUUUUAUUUUUGCAGUUGUAUGAAAGUUAUUCUCGCUUGGAUCCGACUACCUCGCCGACCUGUUUGGUAGAGUUGAUACAUCUUCUUCACCAGAGACUUGGACAUUAUGGUAUCUGCGGGCUGACAUACUUUUCUGAUAUCGGUUCUGGGGAAUCACACAAGGGCUCGUGUUUUCUCGAAACAAGUACGGUGCUAUUGAGCAACCUUGUGCAAAAGACAGGUAUGUGGGUUAUGGAAAAACCUACAAAGAAAUUGGAUGAGGAGACUUCUAUCGAAUUUAAUGCGGUGGAGGACGUAUUGGCAGGUGAAUACCUCUUCCAGAAGGAGACAAGCCAAUGCUACCGCUGUUUGUACGACGUGCACAUUCUGCCUGGAUGCGAAGAUCAUAAAACGAGGACAACCUUUGCUUCGCUCCAAAAUGCCAAGCUAUCUGCUAGAUAUGAGGAUGCAAUGCGGUUGAUACGGUUUGCUGUGCCAAUACUUUUGGCCACAAAGGCGAAAAACAACGGCCAAAAGAAAGAGCGACUCAAGUUACUAUAUGCAGUCCGGGAUGCUCUCUCAGGCUCAAGUUUUUCUGCCCUCUCUGCUCAAUCGGCUACUGUUUCUCCUCGUUUAGAAGCGUUCUUGGCUCCAAGAGGCCUGCUACAGGAGGAAAUGGCGCUACCUUUUCCGUUUCAUACUACUGACAUAAGUACAGAAUCACCUGACAAAGUUUGCUUGGGUCAUGUGUGGUACUUGAUGGGUGCAAACUAUAUUCUUGGACGAGCAAAACGGCGAGGAAACUUGAUUGAGCUAAUGGAGAUGGAGCAACAUGUUCGAGAGCGGGUGGAAUUUUUGAUGAAAGAUGUCUUGUACUAUCAUCCUGAUCGGGUUGACUCAUGGGUGUGCUUGGGAAAGACAAUGAAGGAACUGUAUCACGCUGCUACCGAUGCAUUUGCAGCUGUGCUUGGACGAAAACUCAGAGUUCAAGCAUUCCAGUGGUAUACAACCGAGAUACUUUCCAUGGACACAGCACAGGCAGGGAAUGCUCAUGGUAAUCUUGACGUGUUUUCAUUUCAAAAUGUCGUUUUGGAAUGGAACUUGUUUCAGAAAAUAAAAGAGUGGCAAUGCAAAGAUGUCGAUGGACACAAAUUGGGUAGCACGUCUUCGACUUUGACGGAUCUUGAGGAGGGAACAAAAGAGGACGAUGCCCAAAGAACCAAAGCGCCUCAUAGUCACGGUACCAUUGAAAAAUAUGCUGCGAUGUAUAUUGUUCAGGUGAUCGAGUUUGCACGACGAUGCUUUGAUAUGGCUGCACGAUUGGCUGAAGAGGCUGUGAAAAGACAUGGGUUGAAAUCACAAAGUAAGCGUGACAAUAAUGACAACGAUGUUGGUGUCGAGAAUGCUUUUGACCUGGAGCUGGAUGAGUUACAAAACAAGAUUAUUGAGUGCAAUGAAGAGUGUGGAUUGUUGCUCUUCAAUGUGCUGCAAGAGUUCUCAUUGAUAAAGGAGCUGAAUCUUGCUCUGUUUCCGCACGAUGUGUACUCGCGUUUAAUAAGCAAAACGCUAGCAUACUUCCAAAGAGGAUGGACGAUUUGUGAGUCUAGGGAAAAUGCUCAUGAAGGUCACUUUCGUCUGCAAUACAUGAUAGGCAAAACUUUGAAGAAAAGGCGUUGGUGCGAACUUUGUCAAGAAGAAAAGUCGGAUCCAGAGGCGCUAUCAACGGCAAAAGAAAUGGCAGACAGCUUUUCUAGAGCGGAGUCAGCUCGUGACAAGGGAGAUCGAGAGCACGCUCUCGUCCAUGCCUUUUAUGCUCUUCAGGCAUUACGAAUAGAACUCACGAUCUGCGACUCAUCAUCAGUGUCGGCAAUGCGCUUGGUUUGCAACCAUUUUUACGAAAAGGGGGAGCAAGAAGAUGAUGCCGUAGUAGGUGUUGAUGACAAUGUCGGCUCUGCUUCUGCUAACGAAUGCGAUAGGAAAAAUUGCAGUGAUGAUGCUGCAAAAAACACCAGCCGAAAAAAUGCUGCACUCGGUGGCACUAAAUGUGCCAGCAUUGCGAGAAAAGAUGACAUUCUAGCACUGUUGGCGGCAGCUGAUCGCAACAGCUCGGUCCGUGAGUUGAAUGUGGCUCUUGCACGAGGCUGGCUUGCACUGAAUAUUAUCAAGGCCCUGGAGUCAAUACCAGAUGAAGAUCGAUACUUUCAUCCAUCACGCUACGUACUGGCACGAAUUGUGUAUUGGUUGUCAACGUUCUGCUCUGGUCUGGAACAGCACGGCUAUCGUGGUGACAGUAUGACUGCAUUUUUGGACGCUGUGCGUGUUCGUCAACGUGAAGAGAAGGUGGAAGGUCCUUCUGUCGCCGCGUCCAGGGCAUUGAAGCAAAUGGCUCCAAUUUUCGACAAAAGACGACCUCAGAUUGUCGCAAUCUGGUUUUCCGAGUAUAUACCAACCGCAAAACGGUUUGAGGAAUUGAAUCAGCGACAGAUGAAAUAUGAUUACUAUCGACUAAAGUACUGGCGGUUUUACAUUGGUUUGCUUGUGGAAAAUGGAGCGUAUGGAAGGUUAAAAGAGGCCGGAUCGUGGGUGUUAGCUUGCAAGGAGGACCAUGAUGUGAUUGAUAUUAUGCUUGGGAUCGUACUUGAGGCACGUGGCAAAGUGCUUCGAGUUCGGCUUCAAGAGAUGACGUACACGUAUUAUCUGGAAGUAUUGACUGCUCAAGCACGAUUGAGACAUGUGAUGGAUCACAAGGAUGGAGUAGUGUUACUUCAGAACGCUGAGUUUGCAAUGGUGACCGUUUUUCUCAUGGGAGGAUUGGCAUUCCCGGAUAAGAUUACGAUGGUGCGAGAGAAGAGAGAUCUCGUGCUUUGGAAUGGAGAUUUCGAGACAAACGUUCGAUUGAUUAUGGAAGCUCAACGUCAUGAGAAGACAGUAGAUUUGUAUUGUAUGUAUAAUGAGGUUCAAGGUCAAGAAAGAGUAUGGAAUGUUUACGUUGAUGCUGCACGAUCAUUUUGUGAAGAAAAGUGGCCUGAACGGUCAGGCAAAGGCAUAUCAUUCUUGAAAAAGCCCAUGCGGUCUUCUAAGGCUACUACUGUUACUGCUAGUGUUACUUUUGGACCUGACGGAUGA